UCCUACAACCCCACCGAUCAAAUUUACAUGUCCCAAAUCAUGAUCAGACAAACCCUCCUCCUCGUCUCGGGCCUCGCUCUUGUAUCCGCCGCAGGCAGCAGGUCUGGGAGCAUCUUCGGAGAUACAAACGACACUGCCUUGGUGGCCGCGCGACACAAUCCCAACAUCACAAGUGCAGUAGGUUUCCAGAUGGGCGACCAAAACUUCACAUUCCGUGUCGAUAUUGCAGAGUUGACACCAGACUGGAACACCACCGUACAGAACCCACGCGUCGUGACUUCUUUCUACGCGAUUGAGUGGCAGAGCGGCACAAGUCUAAACGAUACCAUGGCUGUUGCGGAAGCCCUUGGAAAUGACCAGUCUCCUCGUAUCUGCGCAGCACUACCUCUUGGUCUGUUGUCGGCGUCAGUCAAUAAUGGCUACAGUGACAAUGACAAUGGAGAUUGCACUGGCGCGCUUGGGAAAGAUUGCGUGAAUGAUCUGAAGCAAGCGAGCUAUGAUCUGAACGUUUCAUGCUCACCUACUAUACCCCAAAGCUGUGCUUCGAAACUCGGCACUGGUGGCAUUGGAAGCGCUCCACUGGUCGCUCAGGGAGAAACACAAAAGUCUCCAUUGAGCUUCUUCCACUGGUCAUCGCCGGCUUAUACUGCUGGGAACGAUACAGCAUAUACACGGGAAACCGAACGCUUGCAUGUGGUCAUCUUUUCUGGAAAGAAUACUUAUCCUGUAUGUCUUCGCGUUAAGACGGAUCAUGUUAAUAAAAAGAGUCCCGCAACUUCCGGGGCAACGAUCAGCUCGAGUAGAAGUUUGGUGUUCUCGGUGAUGCUGGUUAUCAGUGCCGCGUUGUGGUUGGCUUGA